CCCCAGUCCAUCACUCUGAGCAUUUCCUGCCAAGCUCGAACAUAUAUUCCCAGAACUGUGUCUGGCUUACUUUUAGUCAAAAUUCUAUCGAAAUUGAACUAUGGAAUGAUGCCCAUGCACUGGCUGAACAGCGGAUGGGCUCGGACAGUGCGAUGCGUGGUCCGACUUCCUCGUGGCUCGCUGAUGGCCCCCAUCCGGGUGAAUCGCACCCUAAGCUUCAUCAACCAGCGCCCCAACCAUUCACAGCCACAGCCGGCGCCGGCGCCGAAGAACGCCUCGGACAACUUCCUGGAUAUCCAGGUGGACCUCGUCGUCGCGAAGGAGGAUCCCUCGGAGGUGUCCCUGCCCUCGCUCAUCUUCUUCCACAGUCCGAUGAGUAGGCUACUCACCAAGCUGUCGCUGCUGCGGCUGAAGCUCUUCUGGGACUGGAGCUUCUCCGAGCGCGACUUCAUGGAAAACUCGAAGCAGGCGGCGGCGGUGCUCACCGAUUUUGUGCGCCGCCGUCGCACUCAGAACGUGGAGCGCUGCACCACGCCGAUGGGGUUCAAGCAGAUCAAGCACGAUCUGCUGGAUGGACCCUUCGACUGGCGGCUCAAGAUGAUGCGGUUCGAGAAGAACCACUUCCGACGGGCUAUUCCUCUCAAGGUGCAACUCUUGCCCCACUACAAGCACCGGUUCGCCUUUAUCGACGUGGUCUAUGUGGCUCUGCGGCGCUCCAACGACUUCCGAAGCUACACGGACAUGAAGGAGAUGACCGAACUGAUGCGUAGGCACGUGGACCCCACCCAGCUGACCGUCACCCAUCCGCUGAUCUUCACCGAGGUGUUCCUGCGGUUCCGGCGCGACUACUCCGUCACCCCGACGCGCAUGGGAAACGUCCGGAACAACAACCGGUGCAUGGGCCAGUGGCUAGUGUCCACCUUCAAAAUUGUGCGCUUCGACCUCCUCAACCACCACCCCCUUUUCGACGUACCUGUCGUGGAGCAGAGGGCGCCGACGCGUCCCCAGCCGCUUGUCCGGCCCCCGAUCCGGAGCAGCACGUGAAGCCCUCAAGAUGAGUUCCCUCAUUCGCUUAAGCCAUACGAGGUGUUGUCCCCCCAAGAGAUCGAGACUGAGGUCGCGAUCGAGUUCGGUGCGUUGGUAUUGUAUUCAUUCUGCCCAAAACGCAUUCUGAACCAAAAUUGCCGCCAAAUUGGAUUUUCAUCAAAUUUUUAGUCGAUUUUAAUACAUGCCGGGAGUGGAGAGUCCCGAUAAGAGAGCAUUCGCCCCGUUUGCUAAUAAAUUUGUAAUUAACGA